AAUGCGUGACGUGCAGGAGCGUUCCCGUGUGUGUGUGAGGGAGAGAGAGAGCGCACAAGGAAGCUCCGGGGUGCGCGCAUUUGCUCGGGAUAGCGCGCUAGGAGGAAGGCCGUAGACAUGAGCAGCUCGUCAGCCGUGACCGCCCCCAGUUCGGAUUGAAGGAUACUCGGAGGUCUUCAUGGAUAUAGUUGACACAUUUAACCAUUUAAUUCCUACUGAACACUUAGAUGAUGCCCUUUUUCUAGGAUCUAACCUAGAAAGUGAAGGUGGUGAAGAAUUUUCCACAAGUCAGCAUGUCAUAGAAGAUUCUCUGAAGAACAUGCUGAGCGACAAGGAUCCAAUGUUAGGAUCUGCAAGUACCCAAUUCUGCUUACCAGUUUUGGAUAGCACUGAUCCAAAUUUGCAGAUAUCCUCUUCAUCAGGUGUUGUCCUUGAUGAAAUAAUGGAUGUGGGUGUUGUUAAAGUAAAGGUCAAUGACCCCAAUGAUGAAGAGGAUCUGAUGUUACCAAACAAAGAUAUUAAUAGAAUAAAUGAAUCUCCAAGUAGGUCGCUGAGGAAAUCUCCCCGUUUGAUAGCUCAGGGCUGUGUAAGAAAUCUGAGACAACGACCUACAGAAAAGCAAUCAAGUCCUUUAAAAGUAACAAGAGUAAAAGCCAAGUCGUCUAGAAAAGAGAAGCAUGAUGUCUUGCCCCCAGAGCAUGAAGAGAAAAGUAAAAGAAGCAGCAGUCAGUCAGAACAAAUUCACACAUCAUCUAUAAGUUCAAGAAGGUCAACAACAACAGCACAUAAAGAAUUUAAAGAUGAAAUCAUAACGGCUGAGCAGAAAGAUGAAAAACAAAUAAGCAAGACUUCUGAUGAAGCUAGCAAUGAUCAUUUACCACUGGAAUUAAAGGAUCACUCUGAAAAUGCAAAUCUCUUUAUUUUAUUAAAAGACAAGACUGAAAAAGAACAAGGUGUAGUUAGUGAGGAACCUGUGCUAUCACAUUCAGGAACCACUGUUCAUCCUAUCACUGAGUUGUUAACACAAGCAGCAGAGGAACAUGUUUAUGAAGGCGAGAUUUGUAAUGCUGAUAAAAAAACAGAUGUAAUUUAUGAUAAUGUUCACAAAGAGCUAGCUCUCUUGUCCGGGGUUGUUAAAUGUGACUUGGAUGUUAAAAAGCUUGCACAUUCAACUGUAAGUGAUGGUUCGCUAGAAAAUCCAGUUGAUGAGAAAGUUCCUUUGGAUAGUGGUAAAAGUUUAAAUCCAUCUGACCAUCCUGGUAACGAACACUUGUCAGAUGUGAACAUUAAUAUUGUUGAAAGCAAUAUAUCAGUAUACAGUAAACACUGGAAAGAAGAAGAAAAGUUGGUCAUAUCAGACCAUAAAAUGAUACAGGAGGAAAAAGGCUGCAGUAAACAAAGUAAUGUUAAAAAAGGCGUCAGGAGGCAAAAAACUAGUCCCAGUAAAUCUAAGCCUCAUUUACAGCCAACAUCAAGAAUUCCUAAAAAGUUAACUGCUAUAAAAAAUACCAGCAUGAAUCUGAAGAGCCAGAAGGGUAACGUUAGCUGUCUUAAAACGGAAACCAGUUUUACAGGGCACGUAAACAAUCCAGAAAGACACAAUGUUGUCAGAGUAAAGAAAAAGAUGUCAGAAAAUACAAAGGAUGUUGCAGGUUCUUCAAGUGAAAAGAUUGCAAAAAAGAAUGUGUGUUCUGCAGAAAAAAAUGCUAAUUUAGAUAAUUCCAUGAAACAGCAUAUGGAUGAUUUAAAUGAUAAUCAAUGUGGUUUAAAAGAUAUUACACAUCCUUCACCAGCUCACGUGCGUUUUCGAACAAAGAGUUUGUCUCAGUCUAGUGAAAAAGCAUCUAAGCAUCUUCUAUCCACAACGUCCAAGGCAAACUUUCAAGGAAAAGAUGUAGGGGAACAGAGAGAAGCAAUGGAUACAUUAGAAGAAAAAUCUAAACUGAAAAAGUCUGUUCCACCUCGGCAAAGAAGAAGUAGUAAAAGCAUUUCUGUUGAUGAACCGCCAUUGUUUGUUCCAGAUAACAUACCAGCCAUUAAGAAAGAAGGAACAGACCUAACCUCUGCAAGUGAUAAGAUUGUAGGAAGCCCUAUCCGACAUUGUUGCUCAUGUCGAAAACUUCAUGGCAAUAAGUUUAUGGUAGGUUGUGGAAGAUGUGAUGAUUGGUUUCAUGGAGAAUGUGUUGGUUUGAGCCUUUCCCAAGCACAGCAAAUGGAAACUGAGGAUAAAGAAUAUAUAUGUGUAAAGUGUUGUGCUGAAGAUGAAGCAAUGGCAACCGAUGAUUUAAGUGUUUCUGAUGAUCACCAGAAAAUUGAAGUGCGACAAGAGAGUAAAAUGGAAUCUGAAAAAUCAGUGAUAAAGUCAUCGGCUAUGAGUAGCCCAAGCAUGUUGCACGAAAACCUAAAGCAGAGAGAAGAUUCAAAGCACAAGGUUAAAGUGUUGAGAAAGGAUUCAGGAGAUGGGAAGCAAAUGGUUGAUAGCAAAGAUGGUGAUGUUAAAAAACAAUCUCAGCGGAAAGCUUGUGCUAUAGAAACACAUCGAAUUUCUGAGGAGAAACGUGAAAGGCCUUCAAAAGAUUUGUUAAAUUCUCCAUGUCAUGAUGAAAAAACCACAAAAUUAGGUGUUAAUGAAAAACAGGAAAACAAAAGGAAGAGACAAGAGCGGAAAGGGCCACCACCUAACCCCCAGACUUCUUCCCCACCAACUCCUAAACCUUCUAUUGAUCAGAUAAGACAAAGUGUUCGUCAGUCUCUCAAAGAUAUUUUACUAAAAAGGAUUUCAGAAUCAAGUUCCAAGAUUCCAGAAGAGAGAGCUAUAAAAGUUUCAUCCAGAAUUGAAAAGGAACUGUUUUCUUUUUACCGAGACACAGAUUCAAAGUAUAAGAACAAAUACAGAAGCUUAAUGUUUAAUCUUAAAGAUCCUAAAAAUAAAGUAUUGUACAAAAGAGUUCUGAAGGGAGAAAUCACCCCUGAACAUCUUAUUAAGAUGAGCCCAGAAGAAUUAGCAUCCAGGGAAUUAGCAGCUUGGAGACAACGGGAAAACAGACAUACAAUUGAGAUGAUUGAAAAGGAACAGCGUGAAGUUGAACGGAGACCAAUCACCAAAAUAACACAUAAAGGGGAAAUUGAAAUAGAAAGUGAAACCCCCAUGAAAGAACCAGAAGUCAUGGAUACAGAGGAAAUUAGUGUAAAACCUGCUGAAAAGGAGGAAGAAAUUCAAAAAGAGAAAGAAUUCCCAGUGGAAUCUUCAUCAGAUACUACAUCUCAUCAUAAAAAUCAUCUCUUUGAUUUAAACUGUAAAAUAUGUACAGGUCGAAUGGCACCACCUGCUGAAGAUAUUUCACCUACGAAAGUAACUAAUUCCACAGGAUUAAUACGCAAGCACUCAGAUAAUGGAGCAGACAGCAUAGCUGAACCCCAUUCAUCAGCCUCCAGUAUUUUGAAUAUAGAUGUGGUAGAAGGAGGAAAACAGGACUCACUGCAUGACAAAUUAUCUUCUACUUCUGCAAGUUCUGAGCAAUUCCAUAUUAGUGAUACAGCAGAGGAUGAAUCUACAUUUUUGGCACGUUUGAACUACAUUUGGCAAGGAUUUCUCAAUAUGCCUUCAGUGGCAAAGUUUGUGAUCAAAGCUUAUCCAGUGUCUGGAUCUUUAGAACACUUAGCCGAGGACCUACCAGAAAGUAUUCAAGUAGGAGGGAGAAUCUCUCCACAGACAGUUUGGGAUUAUGUAGACAAAAUUAAAGCAUCUGGGACAAAGGAAACCUGUGUAGUUCGGUUUAGUCCUGUUACUGAAGAAGAUCAAAUAUCUUACACAUUACUGUAUUCAUAUUUUAGUAGCCGAAAACGUUAUGGUGUUGUAGCAAAUAAUAUGAGGCAGGUAAAAGACAUGUACCUGAUUCCUUUAGGUGCCUCAGAAAAAAUUCCACAUUUUUUUGUACCUUUUGAUGGACCUGGACUUGAAGCCCAUAGACCAAAUCUGUUGUUGGCUUUGAUUAUUCGACAAAAAGUAAAGAGACUGCAUAGCAUCAGCAUUGAUGAUGAACCUCCUGGAGGAUUACUUAGUGUUCCUGCAGAGAAAAAGAGCAGAGUUGAAUGUAAUGAUGAUGAUGACGAAGAAGAUGAAGAAAAUGAUUUUUUUAACUCAUUUACUGCUGUAUUACAUAAAAAUAGAAACAGGCCACAACUUUCAGAUACUGAAGAACCACAGGCAGUUACUGAAAGUGCACCUGAAACAGUUAAACUUGAGCCACCAAAGCCACUCAGAUUUCUUCCAGGGGUAUUAGUUGGCUGGGAAAAUCCACAAACUACUCUGGACUUGGCAAGCAGACCUCUACCUGUUGAUGAUAUAUUACAGAGUCUUUUAGGCACUACAGAAAAUGCAUUUGAUCACAAGCAGCCUUUGACAGUUUCAUCCCAAGUUGACAAGCCAUUAAUAGAAGAUAAAAUUAUCCCGAUAGAAGUGGCUGAAAUGUCAGAUGACAGAAUUGAACCAAUAGAGACCAUUGAGGCUAUGGAGGAAUCUACAUCUUUUCCACCAUUAACAACAGUUUCAACUACAAAUUUACAAGGAAUUUCCCUUAAAGGAAAACCUCCUGAUGUUUCUACUGAUACAUAUUUAUCCAACAUUAAUAUUCAUGUUAAUGAGGAAUCAUUAGAUGAUGAUCUAGAUAGGUUCGCUGAAGAUAAGAAUGAUUCUGAAACAUAUGCACAUUUAAACAAAAUGAGCAGCGAUGAGAGCAAUUCAGUGCCCGGUGAAAAUGUAACCCCCACACGAUCUCCAAAGCCUGUAAGUGCUAAAAGGGAUCCCAGGCAAGCUGCUGGAAGGGGUCAUCAUAGUAAUUCUUCAGACAUCAAAGAUCAGGAUUUAAGUCUAAUAGAAGAAAACACAAUUACAGAUCAAGAAGAUGUGGAAAGUAUUUCACUGCAUAAAAAAGAUAAAUCAAAAAAACAGUCUUAUAGAGAAAACGAUUUAUCUGAAGGUGACAAGUCAUUGGAGUAUUCUUUCACAAUGGAAAAGGAAAUGGAUAAUUCCAAAUCAUCAAAAACCAGUGAAACAAAGCCAUUUGUACAGAAUCUCUUAAUUGAUGACACUGAUCCCUUACAACAAUUUAGAAGAGCUUUGGCUGCAAAUAAAGCUCAGUCCCAGGCUUUAAAUAAUCCUCAGUCGCAGUCAACCUCUGCAUCUUACACAGAAACUUCUUCUAAAAAUUCCAUUCCUGCUUUUGGUGGACUAAAGCUGCAGCAACCUCAGUUUCUUCCUAUGAAGAGCAACCCAUCUCCAUUUCCAUUCCAGCAUAAUCCAAGCUUUCCUCUUCAAAGUACUGCCAUCUUUCCCUAUCCACCACACAUACCACCUCUGUUGCCUACUCCUCUGGGCAUGGGCUUUCCAAGACCACCUAGAUUUACUUCUGUUGAAAACACACUUCAUAACCCAUUGGUAGCUUGGCAUCCAGCUAUGCAGUUGUCUCGACAACCUCCACAAUAUUUAGGACAGCUGAAACCCGGACCACUCUUGGGACCUGAACAAACAAGAUACCAGAUGCAACAAAAGUUUGAUCAUAAAGAUCAUAGACCAGAAAGGCGUCAUAGUGAUCCUUGGGACAAAGAAGAUCGAAUUUCAGAAAGGUCAUCUAGUCGAGGAAGCAAAGGUGAAUAUAGACAAAGGUAUUAUAGUGAAUCUCAUCACUCAAGGGAAAAGAGGCAAUAUGAAAAAGAAUCUGGGACUGAUAAGCAUUCUGACAAGGACUCAGAAAGAAGUCGACGUAGGGAAAGGGACAAAGAACGUUCUCGUGACCGAGACAGAAAAAGCCGCGAUGAUUCGCACAGAGACAAAGACAGAUCAAAAUCUUCCUGUAGUGACAAAUCUGGUGACAGAACUCAUAAAGAAAGUAAAAAUGUUGAUAAACCUAAAAAUGAGGAGAGAAUCCAUGAUAAAGAAAAGAGUAAGGAUAAAAAAAGAGACAGAGAAGAGGAAAAGGAAAGAGAGAAGCACCAUAGGGAGAAGGAACGAGAUCACAGUGACAGAGCAAAGAGUAAAAGAUAAAUGCUUCUGUUGUUUUUAGUUUUAUCACUAGACUUGUGCCAUCAAUUUCCUAGCAUUUCAGUGUUUUUCUGAAAUAUAAUCUCUUAUAAAAACCCAAAUAUUUACUAGAAUUGUUACUGGUACAGAAUUGUCACAAAAGUAAUCUUUUAUAAUGGAUAUUUUACACUACUACGUUUAAUAUUCCAGUGCAUUGUUUUCUGCAUAUGCAAUAAGCUUCUAGUUAUUGUUCAGAAGUUUUGCCACCACACGUGAUUGAGAUUUGCAUUGAUAUUUUAAGAGAAACUUCUCUAUACACAUUUAUUUUUAAAUUGCACUGUUCUUAAAAAGUAGAAUAUUGGGAUUAUGAAACCUACAACUGGUGCUGUAAAAAAACUUUAUUUUUAAAAAAAUUACACAGAAAAUGUAGUGGAAUGUUACACAAAUAAGCGUCAUGGUAUCAUGGACGAUGGGGUGUAAGCAGUUCUUUUUUUAUAGCUUUGAAAUGCACUUGUUGUAGGGGACAUACUUUUAAUUUUUCAUGCUUUUUUUUUCUUUUCAUUGUAGAAUGUAGAAAUGCUGUUUGUGCUUUAAAUACUUGAAAUCUAAGCUUGUACAUUCUUGUGUUUUGCUAUUUUUAUACUGUAAAAUGUAAAUAUUUUAAGGAAUAUUUUGAUUCUAAACAUGAUAAAAUACAAAUAUUUUGUCUUUCUAUAUGUAAAUAGUAUGCUUGAAUUGUUAGAUUUAAAAAAAAAAAAAAUUCAUGCAUUUCCUUAAAUAUUUUGGAUGCUUUUACUGUAACUUAAUGCCUUUUUUUUAUCCUCCACCAAAUUAAAAUUAUUUUCAUUUAUGUCAGGAUGGGCCAUUUAAUGCUGCCAUGUAGCCCUGUAACUAUUCUAAAACCGAUUCUGUUUAACAUUAACCUCCUGGAAUAUGCCAUACCUGUACACAAUGGCCAUUUUUUAUUGCUUGCCAUUCAGAUGUAAUUGUCAGAAGAACCAUUCUUGAAAUAUAAGCCCAGCUUUAGAAAUAGAAAUGAGCAAGUUGUCCCCACAGAUUUAUAUUUUGUACGUUUUUGGGAGAAAGGAAUUUGCUUCUCCAUGUAUAAAAUGUAUUAGUAUGGCACAGAAUUGUAUCAGAAAGGAAUUUGCUUCUCCAUGUAUAAAAUGUAUUACUAUGGCACAGAAUUGUAUCAGAAAGGAAUUUGCUUCUCCAUGCAUAAAAUGUAUUACUAUGGCACAGAAUUGUACUGGAUGUUGUAAGGCCAUUAAUACCCAUAAACAAUAGGUGCAUGGUUACUUUUUGAACAAAAAUUAAAAAGAAUAAUUGAAAUGUACUUUUCUUAUGUUGAACCCAUACUGCAAUUGUGAUCUAUUUUGACAGACGACUGCAUUCUUUGUUUUAGUCUGUAACCCAGCUGAAGUAAUAUUCACUCUAAAAAGAAAAGUCCUUUUUAAAGUUGAUCUUAGUAUUAAAGGAGCAGUAUUUCCUUUUUCAACAUUAUUUUAGAGGGUUGGUUCACCUUUAAGAUAACUUUUAGUAUGUUAUAGAAUGUACUAUUCCUAGCAACUUUGCUAUUUGCUUUCUUUGUCUACGACAUUUUACUUUUUAUUCCUUAUGUUUUUAUUUAGUCCCUCUUCUCUUCAUAUUCCAGUCUCUCAUUCACAAGAUACAAGCAACCAGAUAGCUGCUAAAGUUCCAAACUGGAGAACUGCUAAACCAAAAGCUAAAUAACAGAAAAAACUAUAAAAAAUGAAAACCUAUUGCAAACUGUCUCAGAAUAGCAAUGUCUACAUCAGUGAUCCCCAACCAGGUUGCUCACCAGCCUCUUGUAUUUUGCUCCCAAUUGCCCCAAAGCAAGUAGUUGCUUUUGAAUUUCUAGUUUGGAGGCAAGUUUUGGUUGAAAAAAAAACCAAACGAUUUACUACCAAAUAAAGCCUCCUGUAAGCCGACAGUGGCUACCUAAUAGCCAAUUUUAGCCCUUAUUUGGCACCUCUGUGAACUUUUAUGGUGCUUGUGUUGCUCUCCCAAGUCUUUUUACAUUUGACUGUGGCUCACGAGUAAGAAAGGUUGGGGACCCCUGCUCUACAUCUUACUAAAAGUUAAUUUCAAGAUGAACAACCCCUUUAAUGAAUGUGGCUAGUGCUGAACAUACUUUUUGUCUGUUGUUUUAAUUAGUAAAUAUGGAUAUAUUUGGAGAGGUUAAAUUUGAUGGUCAUUUGGGUUUCAACCCAACUUAACUGUAUUUUUUUAUUUUGUUCUUUCUUGCACUAUAAAGGGCAAAAUCUGAACUUAAAGCUAAAGUGGCGUUCUGCUUCAGGUUUAUAAGAGCACAAUCAAUCAAAUCAGCAAUCCACUGGGACAUGAAAAUUUUUCUGACACUUUUGGACACAAACAUUUUUCCGACACUUUUUUUUGGACAAGGUACUAGUUAUAUUGCAAAGUAAUGACACAAUGCUAAAGCAGUUUAAUGUUAAAAAGGUUGUGAUUCUAUAUGUGAUACAGAAAUAAGACCAAAUUAUACAAAUCAAGAUUUGUACAGGUAUCAGGCGCCUAAUCUGGAAAACCAUUAUCCAGAAAGUUCUGAAUUAUGGAAAGGCUGUCUCCAAAACUCCAUUUUAAUCAACUAGUUCACAUUUUUAACAAUGAUUUCCUUUUUCUCUGUAAUAAUAAAACAGUACCUUGUACUUGAUCCCAACUAAGACAUAAUUAUUCCUUAUUGGAGGCAAAACAAUCCUAUUGGGUUUAAUUACUGUUUAAUUAAUGUUAUUAGCAGACUUUAUGUAGGAGAUCCGAAUUACGGAAAGAUCCCUUAUCCGGAAAUCCCCAGGUCCCAAGCAUUCUGGAUAAUGAUCUAUAUCACAAGUGCUACUUCACCUCUACUAUUAACUACGUUUUCCAUCCUCUUUAAAAAAACACUUUUACUUGCUUUAGGCUUUUAUUCUUCAUUAAACAUAAAACUAAUCUCUAUAUUUGUGAUAUAAAACCAUUUUUUUCUGAUUAAUUUUUUUUUCUGUAGGACAGGAGGUGCUAAAGUAAAACUGGCUUCAUGUUCUUGUUUGAUGCCAGAAAUAACAAAAAAAAUACAUAUAUCUUCAUUAAAUCUAUGGGCAAAAAAAUAUAUAGCACACACCCUAUUCAUUAGGCUUAUGUUGAAACAGUGCAUACUGUCACUUAAAGCUUUUAGCUUUUACCCAGUAUUUUCCCAGUGCAUUCAUGAACUAUUCCACUUGUAAAUAAUGUUGCUUAUUGUACAUUUUGGCGUGUGUAGCCUAGCAAUAUACAAAUGAAAAAGCUUCUAUCUGUACAUCUCCGUGAAUGACAGUUCUAAGUAAGAAUAUUUUCAGCUUUGUAUUCAUAUUUCAUUAAGUAAUCACUUUUCCUAAGUCCCCUGAGUCGCAGUACAGUUGGAUUUACAGACAUACCUAUUUUAUAUCAGCGGUUCCUUUGGUGGCAGUGUGCAUUUACUAGUAAUAACCCAUUGAUAUUCAUUAGGAAAUGUUUUCCAAAAUGUCCAUUCCGCAUAUACAGUGAUGUUUCAUUGAAACCAUUGCAUGUUAUUUGAACUUCCUGAUUGUAACACUGACUGUAUCUAAUAAUGUAAAUUCUAUUGUAGUGUAAUGUUUAUAUGAAAAGGGAUUUUAAAAUUUUUAUUAAAAUAUUUUAAGUAAUCCAAA